GUUUGGAUGGGUUGAAGUUAGGACUGCUGUUAUUGAUCUGACCAGCUGUAACAUGAUGGUUAAGGUUUGAAGAGCAUCAAUGCCGGUGGCAUUUAUUUACUUAUCUCCCAUGUGAAUUAACUGAGUACCAUGACAGUCUUUCAAUUGGAUGACUUUAUAGCAGGAUGGAUUGGUGGAGCAUCCAGUGUGAUUGUAGGUCAUCCUCUUGACACAGUUAAGACCCGUUUACAGGCAGGCAAUGGAUACAAGAAUACUCUCCACUGUAUUGUAACCAUCUACAAAAAGGAAACUGUUGCAGGAUUUUUUAAAGGACUUUCCUUUCCACUAGCCAGCAUCACUCUUUACAACUCUAUGGUGUUUGGUUUCUUCAGUAAUACACAGCGUGUCAUUAGUAAAUACCGCUAUGGGGAUGGUAGACAGCCGUCCAGUAUGCUUGACUUGACUGUAGCGAGCAUGUUGACUGGUCUGGUUUCGGUAGGAGUGGGUGCCCCUGUGGAUCUUGUCAAAAUUAGGCUUCAGAUGCAAACCCAACCUGUUCUUGCAGAGAACUUUAACCUAGCUGGGAAUGGCAAUGUUCCUAUUCGUUCAAUGGGAAUUCAGGCCCAGCCUAUGUACAGAGGGCCGCUUCACUGCAUCAGCGCAAUCCUGCAAAAUGAAGGCAUCCAAGGGCUCUACAGGGGAGCGGGAGCCAUGAUAUUGAGAGACAUACCUGGUUAUGCCCUGUACUUCAUUCCAUACACAAUAUUCUGUGGCUUCCUAAAUCCUGAUUCCAAUGCCUCUCCUCAUCCCUGCUCCAUAUGGCUUGCAGGAGGUUUAGCAGGCUCCAUCUCAUGGGUCACAGCCACACCGGCUGAUGUAGUGAAAAGUCGGUUGCAGGCGGACGCAAUGCAGCAGAGAAAAUACAAGGGCAUUGUGCACUGCAUCAUGCAAAGUUAUAAAACAGAGGGAAUACAUGUUUUCUUCCGCGGGGCAACGGUAAAUGCUAUCAGAGGAUUUCCAAUGAGUGCAACUAUGUUUCUCGGCUAUGAGCUUUCCCUCCAGUUUUUCCGCGGUUUAUAACAAGCAAGCUGCUUUUAAAACAAGUUAACUAUAUGCUUCUGAAAAUAAUUGUGUUCAUGAUUUUAGGGGCUUUUUAUAUGUAGAAACUUACAUGUGACUUAUAUUUAUGUGAGUUCAUUGUUGAUACAUGCAAGAGUAUCAGUGAAGCUUUUAGGCAUUUCUUAUAUUAAGAAGAUUGAUUGAAAAUGGGUACACAUUUUAAACAUUGUUUUGCACAAGUUUUUUUAAUUAUAAUCAUAUUUUUAUAUGCAUAAUCUGCACAUCUGCCAUACUGACUUUUAUUCUGCUUAAAGUUUAUGUAUUUUUAUGUACAGUAAUCAAAAUCGUAUCAGCUAAUAAACCAUUAGCGAUUCAUCGUUUUAAAGGCUUAAUAUGCUCUUAAUGUGCUUUGCAAGAUAAUUACUGCCUAUGCAAUAUAAGGCAAAUAUAUAAAUACAUCUAAUUAUGUAAUAUACAGUUAUGUAUAUUUUUUGUGUUUGUAUCACUAUCUACUUUAAAAAAUAUAUAUGUUAUUUCUUUUAAGAUUUUUUAAAUUAACUACUUUACUAUAAUAUGUGAAGUGUUUUGAAAUGUUCAAAUCUCUUUAAAAAAAAACUUUUUGCAUCCUCUGCUUUUGUAAUCAGAUUUUUUAAAGGAAAUACAUCAAAUGUAUAGAUGAAGAAAUGUAUGCUUUUGAAGACAAAUAGUGGCAUUGGCAAUUUUUGAUAAAUAAAGCACUUCGUUGUUAUCGCUUAUUCACUAGGUGGCGUUGUACCACUACAAAUGUAGUAAAUUUAUCAGGAUAUAGUAAACAUACUGUAUUUGGCAUGCUGUCCUGGCUAGAAACAUGCUGCUGUUAAGUUGCUGGAGGAGCUAGUGUACCCAAUGCAUUUUUUAUAUAUCUUAAUAAAGAAAGAGGUACUGU